AAAUGUCAAACUUAAAGUUUAGCUUGUAGUUAAUUUCUUUAAAUCACUUUAAAUAAAGUGAAAAAACAUUAUUAUUCUUCCGUCGAAUAGUGGUGAUAAAGAUUUUAAAUGACAUAUAAGUGUUUCAAACUUUGUUAGCAACAAAAUUGUUAAAAUGUCUUCUCUACUAUCUGCUGAAUUAUCUGCAACUUGUAAUGCAUUGGGUACUUUUGAUAAACGAUCAGGAAAAUAUCUUAUUGACGAUUUUACUCUUAAUACGGUUAAAGAUUUGAUAAGAUAUUUACGUCGUGAUGGAGAGGAUCAUGAAAUACGUAGACAUUUCGGUCAGACAAAAGUUUUACAGACUGAUCUUUUGCCAAUGUUGAUUGAUCACUGGGAACAUACAGACCUUUUUGAUGUUACGUUGAGACUACUGGUUAACCUCACAAAUCCAGCUCUGUUGUUAUAUCGUGAAGAAGUUCCCGUAGAGCGUACAGCUCGGCAUAACUAUUUACAAAUAUUGUCCCACUUACAAUCAUAUAAAGAGGAAGCUUUUUCAAAAGUAGACACUUGGAAUGUUUUUGCUAAAAAAUUAGCUAAAAUAUUGGAAAUUGAUUGGAGUGAACGAGAUGAGGAUACAGGUUUAGUAAUUGAGAGGAUUUUAAUAUUGAUUAGAAAUGUGCUCCAUGUACCUGCAGAUCUUGAUAAGGAAAAAAGACCUGAGAAUGAUGCAAGUGUGCAUGAUCAGGUUCUCUGGGCCCUGAAUCAGUCUGGUAUUUUAGACAUAAUACUUUACAUGUCAUCAGAAAAUGAAAAACAAUAUUUUAUGCAUAUCAUCGAAAUUAUAUCUCAUUUAUUGAGAGAACAAAAUCCAACCAGUUUAGCUGAUGCUGCAUUGCAAAGGAGUGUUGAUGAGAAACUGAGAGAUGAACAAGAGCUUCUUUCUAUAAGAAUAUCUGAAAAUAAAAAUAGGUUAAACAAGAUUAAACAGUAUUCGGCAACAAGACAUUCCCGUUUCGGAGGAACUUAUAUAGUCCAAAAUAUGAAAUCCAUAUCAGACCAUGAGCUGAUAUGCCUGAAACCUCUAAAUAAAAUCUCUAACAUAAACUUCAAUGGUAGCAAAAAAUCUAAACUAGUGAAACCAAAGAAUCGGAGGCCAGUUGAAAGUGGCAUUUUGGAAAGACGAUCAGCAUUUGCUAUAAGACUAUUUUUAAAAGAAUUCUGUAUAGAAUUUCUAAACAGUUCAUAUAAUCCUUUGAUGCAUUAUGUAAAAGAUGUACUUGUAAGAGCGAAAGCACAACAAAAUGAUGAAUCAUAUUACUUGUGGGCUGUGAAAUUUUUUAUGGAGUUUAAUAGAGGUCACAAUUUUCAAGUUGGACUAGUCAGCGAGACAAUGUCAGUUCCUAUGUUUCACUAUGUACAGCAACAAAUGGAAAAAUAUUAUGACAUGAUCAAAGUAGAAAAGAAGAAAUUUUCAACAUGGGUCAGGCGAUUACAUUUGGCCCUUAGAGCUUAUAAAGAAUUAUUAAAUACUCUUCUGGCAAUGGAGAAAAGCAACGAUUUAACUGUUAAAGAGUCUGCAAAAGUAUUGAAAAGUAAUAUUUUCUAUGUACUGGAAUACAGAGAAUUCAUUCUUACGAUAUUUCUAAGUUAUGAUGAAAACAAAAUGCCAAGAUCCUAUUUGAUUGAUUUGGUUGAAACAAUUCAUUUAUUCUUAAAAAUGUUGGAACAUUAUUGUAAGAAAACGGGAUUGGUUGUCCAGAAGAAAGCUCGGAAGAAAUCAAAGUCGAAGAAAAAGAUAUCCAAUAAAUCGCAGCCACAGAAAACGAAGCCUCCAGAAAUUUCACCGUGGGAGGAAGUUCGCGCGCAGCUGGCGGCCGUAUUGCUCUCAGGAACUGGAGACUUGGCGGUACCCUUUGACGCAGCGUCCGAUGUACCUAUAGAUCAACAGAAGGAAGACUGCAUGAAAAAUAUACAGAGACUGAUGCGCAAUCAUAAAUUCGAAGAUGCAAUCGGAAUGUUUAGAGCUGCAAGAGAAGUGUGGCCCGAAGAAGGAAUAUUUGGAGUAAACGGAAUACCAGAAGAUGAAGAGCUUGAAAUGUUGGAAACUGUUUACAGCACCGAUUUAGGAGUAGAAAAUACUGAUACGGUCGGUGAAAAUGAGACACAAGAAAAUUCAGACUAUGACGAUGAAGAUGAGGAGGAAGAAGAAAAAACGACAACAAUUGUGGAAACAGAUUUCGAUUUUCAAGAUUUUGUAUUAAGGUUUUGUCACCCUCGAGUAGUCAGCGCGUGUGUGUUUUUAUUGGAGCACUAUGAUAAGAACUUACCUUAUACAAACCACUGUAUCAUUAAAAUGCUACACCGUAUCGCGUGGGAUUGCCACAGGCCCUCCAUGAUGUUUCAAGGCACACUAUUUUUAACGUUUCAAAAGAUACUCGACGACCCUUCGUCUCAAUUCAAGGAAAUAGAGAAGUUCGCGAUAUUCAUUUUAAGGAAAUUCACGGAAGUGGCUGCCAAAAAUAAUAAAGUAUUUAUAGAAAUAUUGUUUUGGAAAAAUGGCAAGGACGCAGCCGAAAUACAGCACGGCUAUAAUCUCUACAUCGAUCAGAAGGACAAGCCCGGAAGGGGGGCGUGGAGUGAGGAACAAGAAGAGGAACUCCGGAGAUUAUAUAUGGAAAACCAAAUGAAUCCGGAGACUAAUCAAGAUGUAAUCGACUGGAUUUUGGAAAACUUGAUCGACCAGACACGUACACGGCGCGGUGUUAUAUCAAAGUUAAAGGAACUUGGGCUUAUUUUCAAAGCUCCUACCAAACGCAGUAAUAAAGAGAUAGCUAAAGAAAGAGUUACUAAAGAAUUUAGUGAAGAAGAAAAUCAGCAACUCAGGGAACUUUGGGAGGAAUGUAAAGAAACCGAUGACCCAAUGAGUGUAAUAAUUUCUCGAAUGCCGCGAAAACGGCAGAAACGAAGCUAUGUGGACAGAUUAUUGCAGUUAGGUAUUAUCCAGGAUAAAAAAGAGUGCCGUAAAAAAAGACACAAAAAAUCCAAUAGUAAAAGUACAGGCGUAGAACAUGAUAACUCAAAUGAUAAUUCCUCCGGAUCAGACUCAGAUCAAUCUGAUAAUGAAGAUGAAACAACAUUAUCUCCUAAAGCAACUAAAGGACCAAAAAUAACAUCAAAGAAAUAUAAUACUUCUGCAAGAAAUAAGAAAAAAAUAAGUAUUAUUCAACUUAGUGCUAACGAAAUUGCGAAAUUAUUGGUAGAGGCUGUGGAUAGUGGAUUAUCCGACGGUUUGAAAUGGUUAGCUGAAAAUCUAGAAGAGGUGGCGCUAGAUCAAGAAGCUGAGGGUUAUGAUCCCUUAGCAGAAGGUGUGCCACUCGUACCCAUAUCUAGUGAGUCAGUUCAAUCCAUGGAACACAAAUUAUUUCAACGUAUAUUAAAAGGCAUCGGCAUUGUUCCACCUUGUGAUGAACAGGAAACAUUUUGGAGGAUACCAAGCAACUUACACUUCGACACAAUAAGGAAACGACGAGAAAUUAUAAUAAAAGCUGUUCAUAAGGAGAUUAUUUUGACCGAUACACCGACUAAUAAUGGCGCUACUACAGUCAUAGAACAACCAGGAAAUGAAUCGAGUGAUGACGAAGAUUUAUUUAACAAUUUAAGAAAAUUACGCGAAAAUAUCGAAAUUCCUAUAGAUAAAAGUGCAGAACGAAAAAAUAUUCAUAAUGCAAGUCGUAAAAGGAGUCGCAGCAUCGGCCAUGAAGAAAAAAAUAAAAAGGCAAAAAUGCAGAAAAUAGAUGAACAUGAGGAAUCGACCCUCGUUAGAAAUGAUGAUGAUGAUGAUGAUAUUUUGACAUUUGCAAAGAAAACAUUAGAACAAGAGGAGUUUCCUGACACGGAAAACAUUCUCAAUGAUUUGCUUCCAGCGACCAAAACUAGUGAUGACAGUGCAAAGGAUGAUAACGAAGACACAGUUUUGCCGAUUAAACGUACCAAGAAACGUCGUGCUGUUAUCGACGAUGAUUCUGAAUAAAUUGGUUUUUACUACAACAUAAUGAAAAUUAUUUGUUAUUGUCAAAUAAUUGUAAAGAAACGUAUAAUUUUAUGUAUAUAAUAUUUGAAUAUUUCAAAAUAAACAAA